AUGUCUGCAACCGCAGAACAUAUUGCCACAAUUGCAGUAGAAGAUAACCCAAGAACCCUUUUCAAAGGUGAUAACUCUGAGCAUUGGGCCACAGAGAGUGGAGAAUUAUUUGCCAUGACAUUUCCUGCAAUUUUGGAUUUCAAUACCAAUUUCAGCCGACUCGGUCCUUAUUUCAGCAUAAGGAGUCUCAAGCCUUUCCCUGUCCGCACAAUGAAGAAGGUGAAAGCAGUGUAUUCCUUGUGUCCCAUCCCAGACAUUAAGAAUCAUCCUGAACUGGCCAUCCAAUGCUCAGCUCAAGCUUUUAGGACUCUGAUCUGCCUCUGUGACAAGGUGGAGCAACAGAGAAACAAAGAAAAAGCGACUGCAAGUGCUCCCAAAGCCACAGUCCAGAUUCCCUUGAAAGUAAUUGAUUACUCUGGUAAGGUGUUGCCAAUUGGAAAGUCGCCAACAUGCCCAACCCAUAGGGAUGGUACAGGAACUUGA